AUGACCCUAAGUAUAACAAUUUUUUAAUUAUACAAAUGAGACACAUCAAUAAAAGAGGUACAACAUCAUCAUUUUCAGGUUUGUGAAAGGAGUGUGUCUGAAUUACAAUUAAUUAAUUUAUUUAAUUGCUUUUCAAUUACAAUUACUUUAAUCUAGGCACACCCCCUAACACAAACCACUUGCAAAAUCCCAUAUAUAUUAAUGUCUAUUCUUAACUUAUAUAGAUUGCCUAAAGCUUAAGUUACAGAAAAAGGGAACCUUCAUUGAAAUCGUCCAUCCAACCAAAUCAUCAGAUGAAGAAACCAUCGUUAAGAAACGUAUUGUUAACAAUUUUAAUGUCAAUUCAACUUUUUGGAUCACUUCAAAAUAAGAUGUUCCACCUACUUUAGAUUUUGAGAGUCUUUUUAAAACACCUAUUCCAGAAUAAGCUGUCAGACAUAAUGAAACCUUUGAAAAGCUCGAAGUGGUCACCAAUACUAAUUAAAAGAUAUUAAUUGAUGUUCCAUCAAGACCAGCUGCUUAUACUUUAGAAAAAUUAAAUUUAAAAGGAAAACCAACACUUGAGUAGUUGUUUUAAGCCAUUCCAAAUUGUAUGGAUUAUAAGGAAAGAGAUAAAGACUUCAAAUUAGGAGGCUAUAAACUCAACUAUCAAUCUGGUUAUGCUCCAGUUGAGAUUUAAAAUAGACAUAAGGAUCCUGAAGAUUAUACAAAGAAAUAACACUUUAUUAGACAAAAAUAAUCAUAAGCCAAUUUGAAUUUGAAAAGAACUUGUGGUGUUUCAUAUGUAAAAAAGAGUGAAAGUGAAUAGAAGGAUGUUAAUCAUAUUUUUAAAAAGUACUGAUUAAAUUUUAUUAAGACUUCCUCCACUUGUUUAUUAAUGUUCAUCAGGUUGUUAACCUAUAACUGGAUAUGAUGAAGCCUUUGAUAACUUAUUUAAUAAUCUAUUGAAUGGAAAGAACUUGAUAGUGUUCACACUUUUCAAUUCAUAGGAUGAAAGUUCAUUGAGAGAAUAUUUACUAUUUCCUCACCUAAGAAAUAAGAUUUCAAGAGAAAGAGUUAUGAUAGCUAGGAAAUUCUUAAAUUUAUGGAUGUUAUUUUAAGAUGCUUUAUGUUUAGUGAUUCAUUAUAAAUAUGACGAGUAUAAAAUAAAAUAUAAUUAAUAGAAAUUAAUUAUUAAGACCAAUAUAAUUGAAUGAAUAAGAAGAUAUAAAGUAAUAAUUAGUGGACUUUAUUUGUGAAUCAGAAAUUUCUAUAUGUUUAUUAUUCAAAAAAAGUGUAUCAGGUAGAAAAGCAUUUUUGAAAAGUGUUGGAUUAUGGAAUGAAGGAAAUGAUAAUUCUUCAAUUUGUACAGAAACACAAAGAGAAGAUUUAUAAACUAAAUUUGUUAUAUCAGUUCCUAAAGUUCCAAUUAAUAGCAAUUCAACUGCCCAAAGUUUAUUCUAAGAAUUUACUAAUAUCAUCUAAUAAUAAGAGAAUUAUGUUUUAGAAGGCAGAUCUUAAACUCAAGUUCCAUAAACUCAAUAAUAAAAUCCAAAUAGUGAAAAAUAAUCAAAAAAAAAAAAGAGGGCAAAGAUCUUAUCAUCAACAGAUGUAAGAAAAGAUGGUGGAGCAAGUGAAUAAUUGAUAAAUCAUUUAAUAAAAGAGGAUGGAAAUCAUAAUAUUAAUACAUGUAGUAUAAGAAUGGAAAUGUAUGUUACAGAAGAAAAAUGGAAAUCAGCAAAUGAUCAUAAUAAAGAUUUACUUAAUGCUUUUAUCAAGAGAGUUGAACAUCAUGUAACAAGUUCAUAUUUAAUUAAAAUGAUGAAUAAAAGAUUUAAAGCAAAUGAAAAAGGAUAAGAUUAUAUUAUAAGAAGAAGCAAUAAAAUCUAUGAAAUACCAACAGAUAAUGUUUAAAUAAAAUAGAAUAAAAAGACAAUUAAUUGGACUUCAACAUUUACUCCUGAAAAUUUUACAAAUCUAUCAACAUUUAAAUUAAGCAAGAAAUAUUAACAUAUCUCUCUAGACAUUAUUAAAAUGAAAGAAUUAAGUUUUCUUAAAUAACCAUUAUAUUGUAUAACAACUAGAGAUAGUUUUGCAUUUGAUUUAAUUACUAAAGUUACCAAAGUUAAAUUAGGUGAUAGAAUGGUAGAUAGGUAUUAAAUUAUAAUUUAAAUCAAUCUAGAUUAGAUUUCUUUUUUGAACCUAACAAUUGUCCAUGUAAUUUUAAAUCAUUUUUACCAAUGUUUCCAGAAUAUUAGGUUGGAGCACAUGCAUAUGUAGGAUAUUUUACAAAUGAAGAAUUAUUAUAAAUGGAAAAAGAUAUAUUUGAAAUGGAAUUAAAAGGAUUUGAUGGUAAUAUUAUAUAUUUAUUAUUUUAUAGGUCAUUAUUUACCUAUGACUGCAUAAAUUUCACAUGCUUAAUCAAAUCAUCAUUCAAGUGUAAGAAGAACUAAAUUCUUUUUUGGUUAUAGAUAUAUGUGGACUAAAUGUUAAUUAGCAGAACCACAUUCAAUGGUAGCUGCUGGUGUCAGAAGAGAUGUAUCAGCUCCUCCAUUAUGGAUGAGAAAUCUAAUUACUAAACUUGAAAAUGAUAAUGUAGUACCUAAAAAGUUUAUUAAUUCUAUUGCUUGUAAUGUUUAUCAUGAUGGAAAAGAAGGAUUAGCAUAACAUUUUGAUGAUGCUGUUAGAUUUAAAUAACCAAUCUUUACUAUUAGAGUAUUUUCAGAUUGUAGAUUAUCAUUUGGAAGUCAAUUUUAUGGAUUUUGUAAUGGAGCAUUUGCUGUUCCUUUACCAAGAGGGUAUCUAUUUAAUUAUUACUAUUUAUUAGAUGUAUUCUUUGUAUGGAAGAAGGUUCUUAUGCUGCAAAUGCUAUCAAACAUUGUGUAAGACCUUGUGAUAUGACUGGUAAAAGUGCUGCUUUAAUAUUACGUCAAAUGCAUGAUUAGGUUACUUAGGAAGCUAUUAAGUAUGAUGAAUAAGUGGAUUUACCAUGUCAUAUGUCUACUUUAUCAGUUGAUGAUAAUGCAGUUCCUUUUGGAGAAUAAAAGAGAUUAGAAGCAGAAUUACUAAGUUGA